GGUUCGCUCUGCUUGCCAAGUACUUACAGCACUCCAGUGAGCUCCAGUAGCGUCCCAGGCGAUGGCCUACAUUACGCAGAAGCAAUUUCUUCAACCAUCGUUCUGGAACGAAGAUCCGAAGCUACCGAGUCGGAAGCGCAGCGAGGGAGUGCUCAAAUCGUACAGCUCCUGCUCCGAUACCCGUGCCUGGUCGCUGGAUCUACAGAAACAGUCACAAUUCAUCACUGAUGUUGCGCAUCGGGUCUUAUCACAAGCAGGCAAGGUGCCACUACAUUCGUUCUCCGGGGCCGAACUAACGAAGGACUAUCUGGUGCGGCUCGAUGCCGACAGUUUGGCCGACUACAUACUGAGUUUGCGGGGCGAAACCAAACGCAAUGCCGGUACGAUAGAGAGCCUGAACGAAACGAAAACGAAUCUCAGCAACCAGAACGAGGUGCUAUCACAGAGGCUGGGCGUGCUGGAGCAGGAAAACAGACAGCUCCACGAUGAGAUCGAGCGGAUUAGCCGCUGCCAGGAGCAGCAGAAGGCGACGAACACGUUCGACGAGGAGGAGCUAAUUGAAAUUAGCAAACAGAUUUUUGAUUUAAGCGAACGCAAUGAGGAUCUCGAGGACGAGAUACGGGAUCUACGGUUUCAGCUGAACGCUCGCCAGCCGGCCGAAUCAUCUCACGGUGACCACGGUGAGCAGCAGGCGGUACUGGAGGCGGAAAACAACUUCCUUAAAUUCAAAUCUCACGAGUACGAAAAGCUAGAGAGUGAGCUGUGCCUGUUUAAGGCCGAGUUCGAUAGCUUAAAGCAGCAAAAGCGCGAACUGACGGCCGAAGUGCAACGGCUUCAGCGUUACCGUGUACGUUCGGUGGAGCUGAAAAAGGAGCUAACGGAGGAGCUCCAGAACCGCGAGCUGUGCGAAGAACAGAUCGAAAUGCUGGUGAACAUGUAUGAACAGCAAUCGGUUGAGCUGAACCAGUUAAAGGAUCAAAUGAAAUCGCAAACCCGCAGGUCGGAGGACGACGAAUCGGUCGAUGGAAACAAUGAUUCGAAGGUUUCCGUUGUCGAACCGAGGUCGGUGCAGGGUGAAGGUCAAAAUCUUACAUCGCAACCGUGCCAGAGCUGCGCUGAGUACGCUCGCCAGACUCAACAGCUUGAGGAACAGAUCCAAAACCUUCAGCAGCAGCAGCAGCAGCAACAGCAGCAAGUCAUAGCUGCCUCGGCCUCAAUCUAUGAAUCCCAACAUGCAGAAACAGCUGACACAUCCGUGCUGGAACUUCAGCUCGAGGACCUUCAGCGGGAGCUCAAUGACUGCGAGGCACGUUUGAAGGAAGCCAACGAACAAUAUGCUUCCUUAAGAGAAAGUUCCUUGGCCGACUGUCAAGAGCUGGGUCGGUUGAAAUUGCAACUGGACCAAAUGGCAAGGGAGGAAGGCACCACCAGUGACGCCAGCAAAUUGACGGAGUUUGAAGAUAAAUUGAAGGCAUUGCAAGAAGAGAACGAAACGCUUCGCAAUCAGCAGACAAAAGACCAAGCAGCGGAUGGUUCUUCAAAGUGUUGUGCUGAUAAGGAAAAACAAAUCGCGGAAUUGCAGCAAACGAUAUCCCGGCUACAGUUGACAACAAGUGAGGGGCAACAAACGUUGGCCGAGUUGGAGACAGUGCGUGUCAAAAAUGUGACCUUAGAGCAACGGAUAGCAGCGCUCGAGAAGCAGCUGGAAACGGCUGACCAGCGGGCGAACGAGGUGCAGCGUGCCCUGGAUGCUCAGCUCUCGGGGCAACCGGGUGGCGACCGUUUGAGUGCCUGCUUGACCGAGCUAACGACCGAGAAGAACGAAACCAUCGAACGGUUGAAGGAAGAGUUGGAAUCCUUGCAAACGGCUAACGCUACCCUCGAGAGCGAACUUCACGCAUGCCAGAACGAGCGGCAGGAGCUUCGUAACAUGCUGGAACCAACGGGAACUGCUGACGACGCUGAAGAAGAAGCGGAAACCAUGGUGCAAGAUGCGGAACGGGCCGUACUGUUGUCACCAAAAGAGGAGCUUGCAUCACUGGUAGCUGAGAAGGAAGGUGAUGUUCCGGAACCGGAAGCGGUUGCGAGUGGUACAGUAGGUGACGAUGUUCCCGAAGCCCAGGAUGCAUGUGCAUCGGAGUUGGAAGCGUUGUUCGUGGUGAAGCAAGUCGACCAACGCUCCCGUUCACGCUCGGUGGAUCGAUGCAAGCGAGGCAAUGGCCGCGUCGUCCAUGCACUAGCCGUCAAGAUAGUGAACGAUGGCAUCGAGGUGCUGCUGGUGGCCGAACUGUAUGUGUUGCUGCGUGAAGUGUGCAGUGUCAUCGCCCACAAGAACGCCAUCCUGGGCCGGAAUGUGACGGUGCUGGCCAACAGUAUGUCCGAGUGCUGGCAGGUCAUUACCGAUGCCCGGGUCAUGAUGGACAAAGAGAUCGAACGAACGGAACCGAUGGUACCGCGUGGCGACGGAAUCGAUGUCAGAGUCACCUGUCACGCUGCUGGUGGUCAUCGGUGUCGUGCGAGCAGACAAUCCGGUGCGGUGCCACUGCACCAAACACGCUCCGCCGAGAGUGACGAGUUUAAACAGUUUCCGACCAAUUUAGAAACUCGUAGGCGUCGGUGUACCAUGAAGUGGAAGGAACUGCCGGGCGCCAAGAGGACAAAUCGGUGAAUGGGCAGC